AGCAGUAGCAGCCUUGGUAGAAGCCAGAGCCUGGUAGCAUUGGCUGCAAUCAAAGGAGCUGGCUUUGUAGACCAGCUCAGCUGCUAGGACAGUGAUGAGGUGCAGCAACCACGGCAUUGUCAUUUUCUGGAAGACACACAGAUAGAAAAGAACUGAGAGAGAAAGAGAGAGAGUUGAAGACGGUACACUGCAGAUGAACCAAAGAAGACCCAGGUGAUGACCUGAAGACAUUAUGUCGGAGGUCCAGGGAACGGUUGACUUUUCUGUGGAACUGCACAAAUUCCAUAAUGUGGAUCUCUUCCAGAGAGGGUAUUACUUGGUGCAUGCAAGUUUGAAAGUCCCAUCUAGAAUCCCACAUCGAUUGUUGACAUCUAUUGUGGAACAAACAGGUAAUUCAAUCCUUUGCUCUGCCUGCAUCCAUGACAACAGCGUCUAUAGCAGGGUCUUUCAGAUCUUGUACAGGAAUGAAGAGAUUGUUAUUAAUGAAUCCAUGAACUUCAGGGUUCAUCUUCUUCUGGAUGGUGAAAAGGUAGAAGAAGCAUUAUGUGAAGCAGAUUUUCAACUGAAGCUUGAUCUGCAGUUUACAGACAGUGAGCAACAGCUGAGAGAUGUCACUGCCAUCCCAGUGAUAAGCAGUCGCACUUUGGGGCUUCAUUUCCACCCGAAGCAAGGCCUGCACCAUCAUGUCCCUGUCAUGUUUGACUACUUCCAUUUGUCCGCAAUCUCCAUUACUCUCCAUGCCUCUCUGGUGGCUUUACAUCAACCUCUCAUCAGCUUUACUCGUCCAGGGAAAGGCACAUGGCUUGGCAAAGGCAACAUGGAAAUGGGACCAGAUCUGACGGGGAUGUCACUAGAAAAUCUGGUGUUUGGAGCUGGCUACUGCAAGCCUGCUGCUUCAGAGGGCAACUUUUAUGUGCCAUCUGAAAACUGUAUGCAACAUGCACACAAGUGGCAUAGAGACCUUUGCUUCCUUCUCUUGAAUGCAUGUAGAGGGCUUCAUGUUCAUUAUGCCAUCAUAAAGAAAGAGAUUCCCAGUUUGCCACAGCUGAAGCCAGAGGAACUUGCUGUAGAAGAAACACUUUCACAACUUUCCUCAGAGCUGCAGAUGCUGAACAAUCCUGAAAAGAUAGCAGAGCAGAUCAGCAAAGACCUUGCCUGGCUCUGCUCCCAUCUUUUGGCCCUGUGGACCCAGUUUUUAGAGGUUGUAACGUUGCAUUCUGAUGUCACAGCCUAUCUUGUUCAGGAGCAUCACACUCUAAGGGUAAGAAGAUUCUCUGAGGCUUUCUUUUAUGCUGAGCAUCAAAAGCUUGCUGCAUUGACUUUCCAAGAAAGCACUAUCCAGAGUCACAGCCAGGUUUCAUCAGAAGUCCGAAACUCUGAGUACCUCACCAGCAUGCCACCUUUGCCUGUAGAGUGCCUCGACAUAGAUGGAGACUGGAGCACAUUACCCAUUAUCUUUGAAGACCGAUAUGUAGAUGUCCCCUACAAAGUUCAGGACUUAGACAUUUUGUCAAACUUUGUGGCUUCUGCUGUGGAUAGUUUGCAAGUGGACUUAGAUAAAAAUGGAGAGCCUUCUUCAAACAAUGGCAUUGCUUUAGCAAAGGGAGAUUUCAGAAAUGAUGCUCCAUUCAUCAUCCAUACAGAUAGGAUAAAUGGAAAAUCAAUGUACACCUGCAACUAUCCAGAAGAAGGUUGCUCUAUAGUCAAGAGUUUCAAAGAUCAUUCUGUGACUCAGGUACAUGUAAUGAAUGGAGAUGUCCAGUCACAUAAAAUUGAAGCCAAACAAGCAAGCAGUGAUUUGCAAUCAGAUUUCCUAAAAGAUUUUUCAGAAGACUUUAACAUACCAAUGGAAUUAUCAGAAAACAACAAUAGACGCACAACAGAGGUGGAAUAUUUGAACAUGGACUCUUUGUAUAAUAGUGCCCACCAAAGAGGACCAAUGCUAGUCAUGGCUUCUAUGUAUGACAGUGGCACACAUGAACACCACAAACUUAGAGACAAAACUGUAUUGAGCCAAGAAGCUAAAAUAAAUAAUUGUGGGUCUAUUGUCAUCUCAGACAAACUAACAUCAGAUGAACAAAAUGGCCAUGAGAAACAAUUUGAUCAGGGUGAUGAUUCAGUAUUGCCUGUUUUGGGAGGCUUUGAUGUAAAUGAUCAUUUUGGCUUGCAGAACCAAACAGAAGAUGUUGAAGGGGUCAAAUCUUUUCAGAAGAAGGAGAGAGUGCAGGAUUGUGAAGAAUUUAGCUCCAGGUCAGGGGUCAUCAAGAGAUCUUCAUCCCUAAUUUCAGACUCAGGAAUCGAAAGUGAGCCAAGUUCUGUGGCUUGGUCUGAUGCAAGGAGCAAGGCCCUGGAAUUGCCCAGUGACCGGGAGAUUCUUCACCAGCUUGUCAGAAGGCACACAAUUCAUCGGAACUCUCUGGAGGGCAGACACACUGAAAGCAAUACAAGUUUGCCAAGUGGCAUACAAGCCUCACUCACAUCAAUUAGCUCCUUGCCAUAUGAGGAGGAAGAGCAGGAGGUGGAACCCAACAAACUGACAAAAUCUAUCUCUGCUCCUCAGAUCAGUAGCCCUGAGGAGACUGUAGAAGACAUGGAUCUAUCCAAAUAUACUAAAAUAAUCUCAGACAUUGUUGAGGGGUCCUAUGUGGAAACAGGGUGUGCCAGCAUGACCAUAACAGAAAGUAUAUCCACUUGUCAGAAUGGUGGAGAAAAUGAAGGACCACCACUACCCCUUGCUACAAUGGAGCAUUUCAAAUCUGAACAAAAUAGUGACAGUUGUCAAUUCCCAGAAGCAUUUGAAGAUGCUUCAGAGAUGGACUGUAGUUUGGAAACAGCAGCAGAAAUUCUUUCCCUAAAGCAGAAUCAUGAUCCAAAUGGCACAGUGGAACACCAGUUGCCAAACAGAAAAGUGGAAGACAACUUGGGAAGGGCAAAUGUCUACUUAGGCACAAAUACAACUCAUCUCAAUGAAUACACUAAUGAAGCAAAUGUGCACAAAGGCUGCAGGUUGUAUUCCACAGAUGUUGAGGCAUUCUCAGACUGUGAGACCCAUGCGUCAGACCUUACCCAUACCAUGCCUGUUUCAACAGUGGUGGUAUCAGGUUCUAUCCCCACACAGAGGUCCUGUGGUAGCCCAUUUGUCAAUGCCAAGACAGCAGCAUGUAGUGCAGAAAUCCACAAUUUACAAGAAAUUGAACUGGAUAACAGAUCUGAGUGUGGAACCUCUUGUGCUGAAUUGGAAAAUAAAGAGCUCAACACUGUGUCAUCAAACAGUACAGGAUUCCAUUCGGUGGUACCAGAGACACUGGUGCUUGAGAGCAAAAAGGCCAUUGAAGGAGUCAAUUUAUCUGUUUCUUGCACAGCCACCUGUCUUCCGUUUUCUUCUGUUCUCAAAGAGAGCCCACCAACAGCAGGCUUCUCCUCCAAACAGGUUACCUCUCCUAUUACACAUCAACCAAUGGGUUCCUUUGGAGUCAUUUCUUGUGAGUCCAGUGAUGUGGAUGAAGAGAUCAAUGAAAGAAUGCUAAGUUUUUAUCAGGCCAAAGAAAAAUUUAAAAAGGAACUGAAGACUGAAGGAUAUCUGUACAGUGAUUUAUCUGUACUAGCUUCUGAUGUCCCAUAUUUUCCACCAGAGGAAGAGGAAGAAAAUUUGGAAGAUGGGAUUCACCUGGUGGUCUGUGUUCAUGGGCUGGAUGGUAACAGUGCAGACCUCCGGUUGGUAAAAACUUUCAUUGAGCUGGGUCUUCCUGGAGGAAAGCUUGAUUUCCUGAUGUCAGAAAGGAACCAGACAGAUACAUUUGCAGACUUUGAUACAAUGACCGACCGUUUGCUGGAUGAGAUUAUUCAGCACAUUCAGUUGUACAACUUGUCGAUAUCACGAAUAAGCUUUAUCGGUCAUUCCCUUGGUAACGUCAUCAUCCGAUCGGUAUUAACCCGGCCCAGGUUUCGGUAUUACCUCAACAAGCUACACACUUUCUUGUCUCUUUCUGGGCCUCACUUAGGAACACUGUACAACAACAGUACUUUAGUUAGUACAGGGCUGUGGCUGAUGCAGAAGCUCAAAAAAUCUGGGUCACUGUUGCAGCUAACCUUCAGAGACAAUACAGAUCUGCGGAAAUGUUUCCUCUAUCAGCUCAGCCAAAAAACAGGUCUCCAGUAUUUCAAAAACGUUGUUCUGGUGGCCUCCCCUCAAGAUCGUUAUGUACCAUUUCAUUCUGCAAGAAUAGAAAUGUGUAAAUCUGCACUGAAAGACAGACAUACAGGUCCAGUGUAUGCCGAGAUGAUCAACAACCUCCUCCAGCCAGUCAUUGGGGCCAAAGACUGCACUUUGAUCCGCCAUGACGUGUUCCAUGCCUUGCCAAACACAGCCAACACGCUGAUCGGGCGGGCUGCGCAUAUAGCAGUGUUGGAUUCUGAACUCUUCUUGGAGAAAUUUUUUCUUGUGGCAGGACUAAGUUAUUUCAAAUAGUAUCAAAAGCCUCAGGGAAACAAAGGAGGCCUUGUGUACAAUGGCAUGAGAUUUCUGGGCCAAGAAAGUGUUAUAUUGUUUGGGAUUAAUGGAGGAUGCCAGUGGCAAGGUGGGACACAGACACACAUACCCAUACCCUACUUAUUUUGGGAAAGAAUCAAGUGCUUUGUCUGUUAGGCAUUUAAAGGGCCAAAUAUUGGUGCUUUUUGGAAGAUGUAAACAUCUACAUGUUAAAUUACUUUGUCUUUUUCUGUUGGUUCAAUCACCUUUACAAAUUGGUCUAGGCGUCCUGAGGAUAAGAUUACAAAUCUGCCUCUGACUGGAUCCAGCAUCAUUCUCUCAUCUCCAUUAUGAAAGAAAAAUCCAUCUAGCUAUGAGUUGCCUUAGUUGAUUUAACACUGAUUUGUUUAAUAGAAGUAUUAUUUUGUUUUCUAGACCUGUGUGUGUGCACAGUUUGUGUGGCUAAACAGUAAGAAGCAAACAUAAUACUCAGGUUAUUUUCUUUUAUGGUGAAUCAGAAAAUGAAGGGAGGAAGAGUUAUAGUUAGGGAUAGAAAAUGGUGAGUUUGCUGAACUCUUUGAUAGUUUCAAAGAGAACAUUCAUAUGCAGCAUAUGAAAACCCCAGCUUGGCAGCAGUAAUAAAAUACCUUCUGUACUUUCUAGGUGUCAGCAUGGAACU